AGACGCAAUGUUGGCGCCGCACGCGAGCUCGGGGCUCGACCGGCCGGGUCUGGAGCGCGGGGGGUUUGACGGCGCAGCGGUGCCGCCGGGGGAGCCGCCGGCGCCUCGCGCCCAUGGCGUCCGCGCUGGAGGACCCCGCCUUGAUCCGGUCCUUCCGAGGCCACAGAGCGGCGGUGACCGGCGUCGCCUUCAACGCGGGCGCCACGGAGCUGGCUACCUCUUCUUUGGAUAGGUUUCUUAUGAUAUGGAAGCUGAAGGCACAAUCCAGAGCGUUCAGAUUUGUAGGUCACACGGAAGCUGUGACCAGUGUGCAGUUCUCCCCAGAUGGACAGCUAGUCGCUUCGGCUUCUCAGGAUCGUACUCUCAGACUAUGGAUUCCUUGUAUUCAUGGAGAAUCAUCAGUACUAAAAGGUCACACAGCACCUGUUCGUAGCGUGAGCUUCUCGCACGAUGGCCAUCUUCUAGUUUCAGCAUCCAACGAUAAAUCAAUAAAAAUAUGGAGUGUUCGCCGUCAGCGCUUUUUCUUUUCUAUAUCCCAGCACACUCACUGGGUGCGCUGUGCCAAAUUUUCACCUGAUGGAAGAAUAAUAGCAUCUUGCAGUGAAGAUAAAACUGUUAAAAUAUGGGAUACAAGAAAUAAAACAUGUGUUGAUAGCUUCAUAGAUUAUGGAGGAUUUGCAAAUUUUGUGGAUUUCAAUCCAAGUGGUACAUGUAUAGCUUCUGCAGGUUCCAAUCAUACAGUGAGACUGUGGGAUAUUCGAAUGAACAAGCUACUACAGCAUUACAGAGUUCACAGAGCAGGGGUUAACUGUGUGUCGUUCCAUCCAUCUGGUAACUACCUCAUCACUGCUUCUACUGAUGGUACCCUUAAGAUUUUGGACCUCUUAGAAGGAAGGCUUAUUUACACACUUCAUGGACACAAGGGACCGGUCCUUUCUGUGGCUUUUUCAAAAGGUGGUGAAAAAUUUGCCUCAGGUGGAGCAGAUGCUCGGGUAUUUCUAUGGAAAACCAACUUUGAUUCAUUUGAUUAUAAAGAAGUUCUUAAGCAACACAGUAGAAGAAUGCAUACUGAUGACCCUCCUCAUCUUCUUGAUAUUUACCCAAGGUCACCACAUCCCCAUAAUGAAAGAUUUCAGUCAGUUGAGCUUGCUAGGAAACUUUGUGGCUCCUUUCCCCCGCAACUCUGCUUCCUCCAUGAAGAUCUCACUGUAGUGAACUUUACUUCUACUAGUUCCAACCUGAACUUGUGUGACAGAAGUUACAGAAAUCCAAAUGAGAUGAAUGAAAAGGCUCCAGGCAGUACAAGAUCAACCCUAGCUUUGAUGUGGCUGAUACACAAACACUUGAUCCACCUGUCAUAGAGAUAAGUUCCUCUUUAUCUUUCAAUACUCUGUGAACCUGUUCUUCAGAACUGCUUCCUUGCAAAAGGCAUUACACAUUGCUGAAUGAAGGAAUAUGCCUUGCUCUUGUUCCUCAUGAAUUGUGCAUCUGUUUAUAUCAUUUCAACUUUUGCCAUUGCAUAAGCAUCACUUACAGAGAAUGGAAACCUUUCAAGUUUCAAUCAAUGGAGUUUUCUCCUAUACCAAGAAAGUGUAAUAAGAUGUGAGAGUGAUGGGAUUUAGAACACGAGAUGGUGAAUUUCCAAGGCCACCUGACCAGAUUGCUUCCCUUCUGCUGUAUUCACCAACUGCUGCUGCCUUUCUGCAGCACUGCGGAAAAAGGCUACUCUAGGAAUCACGAGGCAGAGCUUCCUCGAGCUGUGUCAGCCUCAAGAAUGUCAUGCUGGUGAGAGAGGGAGGCGUUUGUACUAGCUUCUUGGUGGUGGUGAGGUUUUUUUUUUUCCCUUUUAGGUUGGGAGAGGAAAAUCUGAUUGCAAAGUAGUCAACCCAAGCAUGUCACAUCAUUAAAAAUGUGAAUCAGGAUCUUAAUCUGUAAGACAAUCCCAUACAAAGAAAUGAGAAAAGGAAGACAGGAUUUGGCACAGUCAUUAGUUUCCUUCUCUACCCUUUUUAUCAGACCAGAUUUCUGUAUUUUGGCUUUCUUCCAGUAUCGUUUGUGAAAGUGAAGUACAGAACAAAACCCUAAAUGUUAGCUGUCUACUUCGGUUAUUCUGAGAAUAAUGUAUCCAUAUUUAGUUUAACAAAAGCCAUUAGGAUAGUGGAUAUGACCACUGUGACGUUAAGGGCAUCUGUUGAGGUAGGGGUUUUAUGUUUUUACUUGGUUAGAACAUAAUUCCUUUAAAUGACAUUUUAUCCAUAUUUGCAUUCUGGCUUCUUUAAAUUUAGAAAGCUUAAUAAUAAUAAUAAUAAUAAUUUCUCAGAUGUGUCAGAUGUUGUCAGAUCCAAAAUAAGAGAUUACUCAAUGAGAAAGAUGUAGACAAACUCACUUACCUGAGAAAUGGAUUUGGCAAUCAAGGAAAACUCUUCUAGUUCUAUGGUCCUGUGAAGUUUAAAAAUAACAAAUAUUCUUGGAAUUGUAAUUCAUUCAGUCUGCCACCAUCCCCUUCCUCCCUCCAACCCUCCCGAAUUCAGGUCAGAGCAGUGCUGCCAUUUAUCACAUGUUUACAGUUAGUCACCUCCAAUUGUUUGUUAAUUUUUGUCACAUAGGGAAAAAAUUGACUAAAAUAUAAAUACUAAGUGACAAGAAGUGAGAAGAUGGAUCUUUAAAGUCUUGUAGCUAAUAAAUUCCUUGAGCAAUGAAACCCACUUCCCUGGGUUAUCACAGUGAGAUUUUUAAUUGAAUUCUGAUCUUUAAUGAACUGCUGGAACUACAAAACAUAUUCCUGUAUCAGUAAGAUGGUUAUUUUCAUUUUCUUAAAGUUCCAACUGUCACAGCACAAAAGUGGGAGAAAAUUAUGAAGCAUUUCAAAAUAAAGCUGUUAUCAACCUUAA